GCAACGGCAACGGCGUGCAUGCGACGAAGCGGCAACUCACUCGGUGCCACCAUGGGCAGCGCAGCACGGUGCUCCCAUGGCGUCGUCGUGCGGUCGUGCCCUCUCCUCCUCCCCCUCCCCCUCCCCGCGGGAAUCGCGGCCCCGCGGCUCCUGCUGCGGAGAGGUGAGGACCCCACGCUCCCUUCCCCUCCCCGCUCUUUCCCGCCAGCUAAAUCGGGUGGGAGGAGAGUAGUAGCGCGAGAGCUAAAUCGGGAAAUCGAAAGUGAGGGUGAGGUGCGCGAGAGGGAGGGAGGGAAGGGCAGAGGCAGACGUCGGUCGGACCCAGUCGGCGGCGGCAGGAUGUCGAUGUCGGGGUCGGACUUCGCCGCCGCGGGCGAAGACUCCAAGAUCUUCCGCAACAUCUGCCGGGACCGUAUACUCAAAGACUUGCUGAAGCCAGACAAGGACAAGGAGACCAAAAGCUCAUGGAAGGUUCUUAUCAUGGACAAAUUUACGGUGAGGAUCAUGGCUUACGCCUGCAAGAUGGCAGAAAUCACUGAUGCAGGAAUUUCGUUGGUUGAAGAUCUUUUCAAACGAAGGGAGCCCAUGCCUUCCAUGGAUGCAAUCUACUUUCUCCAGCCACUGAAAGAAAAUGUCAUAAUGCUUCUAUCUGACAUGUCUGGGAGAUGUCCGCUGUACAGGAAGGCAUACAUCUUCUUUAGUUCACCGAUUCCUAAGGAGCUGGUCUCUUACAUAAAGAACGACAGCAGUGUGAUACCACGUAUCGGUGCACUAAGAGAGAUGAACUUGGAGUUCUUUGCAAUUGACAUGCAGGGCUUCACAACUGACCAUGACAUGGCAUUGACUGAUUUAUAUGGUGCAAAUGAGCACAACUCCAAAAGGUUCAAUGACACUAUAAGCACUAUGGCUACUCGCAUUGCUACAACAUUUGCUUCGUUAAAGGAAUUUCCUUGUGUGCGGUAUCGUGCCCCAAAGGGCUCAGAUCCAUCAACAACAGCAAAAUUUGACAUGGUUCCAAAAUGGUUGGCUACUGCUGUUUGGGAUAUUGUGUCGAAGUAUAAAUCAACAAUACCUGAAUUUCCCCAGAAGGAGACAUGUGAACUGCUCAUUGUUGACAGGCCUAUAGAUCAGAUAGCACCUGUUAUUCAUGAAUGGACCUAUGAUGCAAUGUGCCAUGAUCUACUUGAAAUGGAUGGCAACAAAUACAUAUAUGAGGUGUCAAAAAUGGGAUCAGAACCUGAGAAAAAGGAGUCUCUAUUGGAGGAUCACGAUCCUCUCUGGCUUGAGCUUCGCCACAUUCACAUAGCUGAUGCUAGCGAGCGGUUGUACGAAAAGAUGAAUAACUUCGUAGCCAAGAAUAAAGCAGCUCAACUUCAUUCAAGAGAUGGCGGUGAAAUUUCUACGAAGGAUUUGCAGAAGAUAGUUCAAGCUUUGCCACAAUACGGUGAACAAGUUGAGAAAUUGACCCUCCAUAUAGAGAUUGCUGGAAAAAUUAACAAGUUUAUCAGAGAGUAUGGCCUCCGUGACAUUGGGCAGUUGGAGCAGGAUCUAGUUUUUGGAGAUGCAGGAGCCAAGGAGGUGAUCAGCAUCCUCAGGUCAAAGCAGGAUAUGAGCCCAGAAAACAAAUUGAGGUUGCUUAUUAUAUACGCAAUUGUGUACCCAGAGAAGUUUGAAGGUGACAAAGGGGAUAAGUUGAUGCAGCUAGCAAAACUGCCACAUGAUGAUAUGCAUGCUAUAAACAGUUUAAGAUACCUGGAUGGUUCAGAUACAAAGAAGACAUCACGUGCAGGCGGCUUCUCUCUCAAAUUUGAUGCCCAAAAGAAGAAAAAUGCUGCCAGGACAGAACGGCAGGAUGGCGAGGAGACCUGGGCAUUAUCACGUUUUUUCCCACUUAUAGAGGAGUUGAUUGAGAAACUUAGCAAAGGGGUAUUACCUUUAAAUGAGUACCCAUCCAUGAGUGAACCCAGUUCUACUGCUGAAGGAACUACACAAAAUGCAUCUGCGCCUCGACCAGCACCAACACAGCAGCCCAUGUCCAGGAGAUCACGGCGGACACCGACAUGGGCUAAGUCUCGAAAUUCUGAUGAUAGUCAAUCCAGCGACUCCUCGGUCUUGAGACAUGGAUCAGGUGACUUCAAGAGGCUAGGCAACCGGAUUUUUGUCUUCAUGAUUGGUGGAGCCACUAGAUCUGAACUGCGGACCGUGCACAAGCUUACUAUGAAACUGAAGCGUGAAAUCGUCCUGGGAUCAUCUAGCAUUGAUGAUCCUCCCCAGUUUAUUUCGAAGAUGAAGAUGCUAACUGCAGGUGGUGCCAAGGACGUCUCAAUAGAUAAGCUUCGCAUUUAGUUUGCAAGUCAACAGAUGGAACAAAAUUGUCACCAGAAUUACGUUGCUACGAACGGUUAGAAGCCUUGGACAAUGCUGUUUGUCAUCAGUGACCGGAGUACUCACAAUAAUCACACCAAAUGUAAAGCAUGACAUGUAGACAACACAUUCUAUACCCACAUUAUAUGUUCUUCUCACCAACGUACAGAUGUAACACGUAGAACAGUUGCGACAGUUGUUUUGCCCGAAGUUCUAACAACGCUAUAACAAUGACAUGGUAACAUCAUUUAUUCGAAAAAAAAAAUGCUGGACAAGGUGACAUCAUAAUCAUACAGAAAA